AUGCGCUUUAGAUUCAUACCGCCUUCGAGACAGCCCAGGGCGACUAGGUCGGCCAGACCAGCUUUUCCAUUCAAGAGGAUUCACCACUUCCUCGCCAGCCACGGCGUGUUUGCCGACCCCCGGGACGCUUCUGCCCUCUCGGAGACUGACGCCUCUGCAGCCGUCGUCGUGGUAACCGACGGUCAUCUGGCGCUGCGCAACGUGUUGCACAGUGAGGCGGCCCACAGAGGCCUGCGAGAUUGUUCGGGUCUGGCUGCCAUGGCGACCGGAGACGCUGAAGACGGUCGGAAGCGCGACUCGAUGCCGGGACUGGCGAGCAGAGCGCCCUGGUGCAGGUACCACGAGGUCGCAGGUCUGGCGCGUAGGGAACUGAGGCGGAUCCACGCCAGGUCGGGAGACGAGGAGAGUGAGGCGGUCAAGUUGCUAAGCGGAAUAGACAGUCUCGAAAGGGCGAGGGAAGGUAGGACUUGA